AUGCUGAAAAUCAUCACAGCUGGCCUUUUUCUCGGCCAUGGAGCUGAUGCUGUCGAAAUGAGCUGCAUUGAUCACAAGAAAAUUGUCAAAGAAAGAAGUCUUUGCGACAGGGCAUUGAUAGCAAUCAACGAUCACUGUACCAUCUCGCCCGAUUCCCCAACAACUUGCCAGAACGAGAACGAAAUGGAAAGGCUAGAAAAAUGCGAGCGCGGCCGCCGAGAACUCAUCGAACUCAACUGCCUCCCACGUGACUGUAGCUGCGACAUUGACGACUUACAGUUCACCAGUAGCAAGGUCAACAUGCACGUGUUCCACUGCAACACUUUCCGCAACCAGUACUUCACGAAUCCUUGCUUUUCGCACAUUGAAGAUCUCCAACUACGACGGCAGUUUUCCAUCCCUUACGAUUCCCAGUACAGUUAUGUCAAUCGCGAUAAGAUCAUUCGAGUCGACACUGAGUACAGGACUGAGUCCAUGCAACUCGCCAGGGAUCAUUCCUACACAGUUGCGACUGUUCUGCUCUUCGCCAUCGGAGUCGCUAUUCUAGUCGUCUUGGGACUCAUCGGCUAUUUGUGGAACUCCUCCCGAAGUGGAUCCAGCUUGGACUUGUCCAAAGACGACCUUCGACAACACCAGCCUGGAAGAAUCGUAAUUACAGACGACAAAAUGGACGAGAUCGUCCGCGCCGAGCUAAAUCGCUACUCCACGAAACGAAAAGCCCAAGAAAAGACGCCGGAAAAGCGGACCGUAGUGGCCCUUCCCGAGAAAUGCUGA